AUGGCGGCAAACCCCCCGAUCUCGACCGUCUAUGUCCGCAACCUCGAGGAGCGCGUCAAGCCCGAGGCGCUCAAGGAGGUGCUGGCGACGAUAUUCUCCGACUACGGCACCAUCGUCGACAUCGUGGCCAAGACGAACCUGCGCGCAAAGGGCCAGGCGUUCGUCGUCUUUGACGACCCGGAUUCGGCCCAGCGCGCCGUCGACGAGGUGCAGGGGUUCGAGCUGUUCGACCGCCCCAUGCACCUCGCCAUCGCCCGCACGCGCUCCGACGCCACGGUGCGCGCGGCGGGCAGCGGCGAGGAGUUUGAGGCGCACAAGCGGCGGCGCGUCGCCGAGAUGGACAAGAAAAAGGCCCUCGAGGCCGCAACCGCCGCGCAAAACAAGCAGGCGGCCGGCGCCCGCGGCGGCAAGCCCGCGGCCGGCGUCUUUGGCCGCUUCCCGGGUUUCCGCGAGGUGCGCCUGGUGCCCGGCCGCCGCGGGCUCGCCUUCGUCGAGUACGAGACCGAGGCCGGCGCCAUCGCCGCCAAGGAGAGCACGGCGGGCAUGGCGCUAGGCGACGAGGGGAAGCCCGUCAAGGUCACGUACCAGCGGCAGUGA